AUGGUUCUGGAUGAAGGGGGAGGGGGGGACAGAAGUGGGAAGGAAGGGGCCUUAGCUACGGAGACUGGGGACCUGGGUGGUGGCCUGGAGGUGGCUGAGCUGCUGAUGUGCCUACGGCAUGGAGGCCAUGAAAGAGGGGUAGGUGCUGGAGCUGUGACUGUGACUGGGGAUCCUCUGUACCCUGUCUUUGCCAUGGGGAUGGAGCUGCCUGCCUCUGGCAGACCAGUGAGUCCUGCAGACGAUCAGAGGCCCUGCUUCAACUUCCCACGACCUCCCACCCUGAAAACAUCCUCGUCUGAUUUAGAAAGAAAACAGGCUGGCUCUUCUGCUCAAGCGCUGUGCCACGGCCGUGCCUGUAUCACCUACAGCAGAGAAACGUCAUCAGAGAGGAACCCCCGCCAGAGGUCGGCAGUGCUGGCUGUUGGCUCCUGUUGCGUGUCACCCGCAGUGUGCACCUCACCCCUCACCAACAGGGAUUAUUUUUCUCCCAACAUUUUUUUUAAGAUGAUGAAGCAGUUUCCAAACAGCAUUUUGAUUAAAGAAAAAAAAAAGUCAAGGUGCACUCAGUGGUAG